UGUUGCCUUUUGUCUCGCCCGCCUUCCCUCCUCCUUCUCCCGAAGGGAGCUGCCGAGGCGCGGGGACGCCUGAGCGAGCCAGCCAGCCAGCGAGCGCCCAUGGGGAGGCAGCCCAGGCGCCCCAACAGCCUGGUGCACGCAGACGCCUGACCGAGCAGACCCGGGAGAGGAGAAGCGCCCGCCAAGAAGAAUCCCCCCCCUGCCCCGACAGCUCCUGGCGGUAUCAGGGAUGUCGCCGCGGCCACAACAAUGAGGCAGAAGCUCCGGCGUGGAUGUGGGAAGUAGACGCGUGACCGCGGAGGCGAGGGAGCGAGAGGCGCUUCGUGCCCGGAGCCCGCGACCUGCGCCCGCGGGAGGAGCAGGUGGCCGGAUUGGCGGGGACGCCGGGGGGAGGCUGUGGCUGGGAGCCGCCGGAGCAGCUGCCCGUCGCCUCGCCAUGGAUUGUAGCCGCCUCAGGACCCUUAUUAACAGAUACUGUGCAGGAGAAGAGAAUUGGGUGGACAAUCGGACUAUUUAUAUUGGGCACCGUGAGCCACCCCCAGGCGCUGAAGCAUAUAUUCCACAGAGGUAUCCGGAUAACAGAAUAGUCUCCUCAAAGUACACUUUUUGGAACUUUGUACCGAAAAAUUUGUUUGAGCAGUUCCGAAGAAUAGCAAACUUUUAUUUUCUCAUAAUUUUCCUUGUACAGUUAAUUAUUGAUACACCAACUAGUCCAGUGACAAGUGGACUCCCACUUUUCUUUGUCAUCACUGUAACAGCUAUAAAACAGGGCUAUGAAGAUUGGCUUCGCCACAAGGCUGACAAUGCAAUGAAUCAGUGUCCUGUUCAUUUUAUUCGACAUGGCAAACUGGUUAGAAAACAGAGCCGCAAAUUAAGAGUUGGAGAUAUUGUGAUGGUAAAAGAAGAUGAAACCUUUCCUUGUGAUUUAAUAUUUUUAUCAAGUAGUCGAACAGAUGGGACAUGUUUUGUUACAACUGCAAGUCUGGACGGCGAGUCCAGUCACAAGACGUAUUAUGCUGUCCAAGAUACAAAAGCCUUCCAAACUGAGCAGGAGAUUGACACCCUUCAUGCCACUAUUGAAUGCGAACAACCCCAGCCGGAUCUUUAUAAAUUUGUUGGCCGGAUAAAUGUUUACCAUGAUAGAAAUGAUCCUGUUGUAAGGUCAUUGGGAUCUGAAAAUGUGCUUCUUAGAGGAGCUACAUUAAAGAACACAGAAAAAAUAUUUGGGGUGGCUAUAUAUACUGGCAUGGAAACAAAGAUGGCAUUGAACUACCAGUCAAAAUCUCAGAAAAGAUCUGCUGUAGAAAAAUCAAUGAAUGUAUUUCUUAUUGUAUACCUCUGUAUCCUAAUCAGUAAAUCAUUAAUAAAUACUGUCCUGAAAUAUGUUUGGCAAAGUGAACAGUCUCGUGAUGAGCCCUGGUAUAAUCAGAAAACAGAACUGGAAAGGAAAAGAAAUGUGUUUAUUACAGCUUUUACCGAUUUUCUUGCCUUCAUGGUUCUUUUCAACUACAUCAUUCCUGUAUCCAUGUACGUCACUGUAGAAAUGCAAAAAUUUCUUGGUUCUUAUUUUCUCACCUGGGACGAAGAAAUGUUUGAUGAAGAAAUAGGUGAAGGACCACUAGUGAACACUUCAGACCUUAAUGAAGAGUUAGGACAGGUUGAAUAUGUCUUCACAGAUAAAACAGGGACAUUAACAGAGAACAAUAUGGAGUUCAUAGAAUGCUGCAUUGAGGGGCAUGUUUAUGUGCCUCACGUCAUCUGUAAUGGGCAAAUCCUCCACGACUGUGCUGGUAUUGAUAUGAUUGAUUCUUCUCCAGGAGGAAGUAGCAAAGAUAGAGAAGAGCUCUUUUUCCGAGCUUUGUGCCUUUGUCAUACUGUUCAAGUGAAGGAGGAUGACAACGUGGAUGGAUUAAAGAAAGCUCAGCUGUCAGGGAGGUCCUCUGUUUAUAUUUCAUCAUCUCCUGAUGAAGUUGCUUUAGUUGAAGGGAUUCAGAGACUUGGUUACACUUAUUUGAGACUGAAGGACAAUUUUAUGGAAUUUUUAAAUCGAGAAAAUGACAUUGAAAGGUUUGAACUAUUGGAAAUCCUUAGUUUUGAUUCAGUCAGGAGGCGGAUGAGUGUAAUAGUUAAAUCAGAAAAAGGGGAAAUAUUUCUGUUCUGUAAAGGAGCAGAUUCUUCUAUAUUUCCUAGAGUUACAGAAGGCAAAAUAGAACAGAUCAGAGCAAGAGUUGAGCGCAAUGCAGUGGAGGGUCUGCGAACAUUAUGUGUUGCGUAUAAGAAAUUCACCUAUGACGAGUAUGAGAGCGUGGAGAAGCAACUUCAGGAGGCAAAGCUGGCCUUACAGGAUCGAGAAAAGAAGCUGGCAGAGGCAUAUGAACAAAUAGAAAGGGGGCUUAUCCUGCUUGGUGCUACAGCAGUUGAAGACCGAUUGCAGGAAAAAGCUGCUGAUACCAUUGAAGCCCUGCAGAAAGCUGGCAUUAAAGUAUGGGUUUUGACUGGAGACAAAAUGGAAACUGCUGCCGCCGCCUGUUACGCCUGCAAAUUGUUCAGAAGAAAUACUCAGAUACUUGAGUUAACUACAAAGAAAAUAGAGGAGCAGAGUGUGCAUGAUGUGUUGUUUGAAUUAAGCAAAACAGUCCUCAGGCACAGUGGCAGCUUAACAAGGGACACUUUCUCAGGGCUUUCAGCUGAAAUGCAAGAUUAUGGUUUAAUUAUUGAUGGAGCAGCAUUAUCAUUAAUAAUGAAACCACGGGAAGAUGGGAGCUCUGGAAACUAUAGAGAGCUCUUCCUCGAAAUUUGUAGGAACUGCAGUGCAGUUCUAUGCUGCCGCAUGGCGCCUUUGCAAAAAGCACAGAUUGUAAAACUAAUUAAAUGGUCGAAGGAGCACCCCAUCACGUUAGCAAUUGGUGAUGGAGCAAAUGAUGUCAGUAUGAUUCUAGAAGCACAUGUGGGCAUUGGCAUUAUUGGAAAAGAAGGCCGUCAAGCUGCAAGAAACAGUGACUAUGCAAUACCCAAAUUUAAACAUUUGAAAAAAAUGUUGCUUGUCCAUGGGCAUUUUUAUUAUGUCAGGAUAUCUGAACUUGUGCAAUACUUCUUUUAUAAGAAUGUCUGCUUCAUUUUCCCUCAGUUUUUAUACCAGUUCUUCUGUGGGUUUUCACAGCAGCCUUUAUACGAUACUGCGUAUCUUACUCUGUACAAUAUCAGCUUUACUUCCCUUCCUAUUCUGUUGUACAGUCUGAUGGAACAACAUGUCAGUUCAGAUACUCUCAAGAGAGACCCCUCACUGUACAGGGAUGUUGCCAAGAAUGCCCAUUUACGCUGGCGUGUUUUCAUUUACUGGACAUUCUUGGGAGUAUUUGAUGCCGUUGUCUUUUUCUUUGGUGCCUAUUUCUUGUUUGACAACUCAACUGUGACCAGCAAUGGACAGAUGUUUGGAAACUGGACUUUUGGGACAUUGGUGUUUACUGUAUUAGUUUUCACAGUCACUCUGAAGCUUGCACUGGAUACACACUACUGGACAUGGAUCAACCACUUUGUGAUCUGGGGAUCAUUACUUUUCUACAUUGUCUUUUCCCUUCUGUGGGGAGGGGUCAUCUGGCCUUUUCUGAAUUACCAGAGGAUGUACUAUGUGUUCCUGCAAAUGCUGUCGAGCGGUCCUGCAUGGUUGGGUAUUAUAAUGCUCAUAAUUGUGAGCCUUCUUCCAGAUGUACUGAAGAAAGUUUUAUGCAGGCAGUUAUGGCCCACAGCAACAGAAAGAACCCAGAAUACAUCAAGCCAUGGCCGGGACCAUAUUUCAGAAUUCACACCUCUUGCCUCUCUGAAGAGACCGAGAUACAGAAGCAAUGAUUGCAAGAAUCCCCCAGCAAGAAGGUCUAGUUCUCAUUCUAAAAAAACAAUGUUUACGCACUGGAGAAAAUAUGAUUAUUCAUUACUCCCGUCAGUCUUUGGCUUUUCCAAUAAACAUUGUGACUCCAGUGUGAGGUACUACCACAGAGGUUCAGGUUUGGAAACCUCCCUAUGACAGAUCACCAACUGAAGCCUUUAAGAACUACAACUAUCCCCACCCCCCAUGCUCCCUCCAAAAUACAAAAAGAAAAAAAUAAUAAUAACCUGCAAAUGAGCAUUUGGCACCACCGUUUGAAACUUUCCUCACCUUUAUUGUCCGGUGUAAUAUUCUGACAAGUUGGAUCAAGAGCGCUGAGUACAAAUACUUCCAGGAGUAUUGGCCUUCCUUUUCAUGUUUUGAACUGCUGAAAAAUAACGGAUUAUUUAUACAGUCUGGCACUGUGAGAAUGGACGGCACUAUAAUUUAUCUCCAUUCUUUCAAAAACCUUUGUUUGUUUAUUGCCUCUUGUCAUCUCUCUUCCUUUAUUACUUGAACAAUCUUGCUUUGCUCAAUGACCCUCUUCUGAGAUUGAUGGUUAAAAAUUGUCAUUAAUAAACCACGAUCUUGCAUACCUAGUGAAAUCACUGAGAACAUAUUCACAGGUGCUGUUUCUGACUUAUCUUUUGUCCUUUUUCUUUGCCUUCUGUAGAACAAACUGGUGUUUCCUCUGUGCAAAUCUGCUUUCAAGAAACACUCUCUAAUGUCCAUUUGUAAGUCGCCAAG